CAAAGCGACGCGGAAUAGUCACCGAGCCCAGUCCUCGGGUCUCGCACUUACGAAUCGAAUCGACGUUUCUCUCUUUCUCUCUGGAUUCACCAGAGAGAGAAUCUGGUGAUCCCAGAGAGAAAGAGAGAAGUGUCGACGCAAUUCAACGAAAGGUGACCGGUCGGUGUAUAUAGCGCGUAUCAUCUCGCUAAAAUUUUAUUUCGACCGAAUUUUAUUACCGUCUCGCAAUCGGCGGGAAGAGACACACCGAAAUCUAAUUCCAUCUAAAUUAGUUUUCGAUACGUUCUCUUCCCGAUUCACUUCUCUAAGCGGAAACAGAAGUUGUGGUUUUACUUUUUAACAUGGAACGUUCUAAGCAAAAACAGAAGUUGUCAUUUUACUUCCGUCACGCGUGUAUAUUGAUAAAUUUUAGAAUUUAGGCAAAUUAAAAAUGCAUUAAAUAUGCGUGAAUAUUAAUAUUUCUUGUGCGCGCAGCAAGUAUAAAUUGUAAUUAAGAUACGAUUAUAUCUGCGCAAUGAUGCCUGUGCAGAUCAAUACUAUAAAUGUUCCGACAUUCUGGCAAGACCUCAAAAACCAUGCGAGCGGUGUUAGCGCUGGUGUUCGUCGCGGGGUUUAUCGUAGCUUGGAAGUCCACCGUGGCGUCCAGGAAUCGCGAUUACCCCCAUUUCUUCAAGCACCGAGUGCAGCUGAGGACGAGCCGCGACAACAGAAUGAAUCCUCGGCGCUACAUUUCCUCGGCGAUCGGAUUCGGGAAGAGGGACGACCCCGCGGAGGUCCCGGAUCUUAACGGAUGCGAGAGAGAUCAGUUGUCAGUUCUGAGGAACCUCCCGCGUGUCAUGUCCGCGGAUGCGCUAAUCCGGAUGAUGCAGACGAAUCCCGCGCUGGCUGACAAACUGGCGCAGCUGUUGAUGCAGAACGAUCAGAGUGGCCAAGGAGACUAGAUUAUGGAACCGCCGUCGCGGCCUGGGAGAACGUUCUCGUUGUUUUAAUCCUUGCGACCGAGACGCAAAAAACGACGAGACAACCAUUUUAGAUUCUUAGACGAAACGUUUAAUACACAUCCUGGAAACAUACGUUCUUAUUAAUUCUUCGCGCAUGUAUCGCGACGUAUCAUGUAGAAAAGCUGUUGUUUCUUUUCCUUUCUUAUAAUUCCUCUGCGAAAGAAAUAAUUGUACAAUAUACUACCAAUGUAUCUUAUCAAUAAGAUACAUUGACAGUAUAUAUUGUGUAUAAUUACUUCUUUUUUUAUCAUUAUUAAAAUAUAUGUGUGUAAAAUCGAAGAAUA